AUGGCAUUAGCUGAAAGAAGACCUCAAAAUAUCGGGUUCCAAGUUGGUUCCACACCAGCUUCCCCUGCUUUUAAUACCACUAGCUUAAACGCAUCUUCAAAUAAUUCAAAUGCUUCAAACUUGAAAUCAUCAGGUUCAACUUCUUCUAUCACUUUAGAUAUUGGUAAUACUUCAAGUGAUAAUAUUAUUCUUGAAGAAGAUGAAGAUGAUUUAAUGAAUGAUGAGUUGAAUCAUAACAUUGAUGAAGAAGAUGAAGAUGAUGAAGAUGUUCAAUCUCCAAUCUCCAUUCUAAAUCAAUCUCAUCAUAGUUAUAUUUCCAAUCAUCAAAAUCUUGAAAAGAGUGUUAGUCCAGAAGCAAUGUCUCCAACUUCUCUGAGAAGUAUUUCUCCAGAUUCGUUAAUGCAAGGUGGUAAUGAUUUCAAAAAAUUAUCUUUGAAUUCAAGAGGCUCUACUCCUCCAACUUCAACUUCAACUCCUCCAUCAUCUCAAACUAAUAACAAUAAUGCUAAAAAACCAAAGAAUCCUUCUCGCGCUCCGAUUGCAACUGGUAUUUCAACUACUAUUCCAGUCACAGGUGAAAAACCAAGACCAGAUCAAAAAGAUGAUGCUUCUUUGGAAGAUGAUGUCUUAUAUGCCAUUUUUGUCAUUUUAUUUGAAAAGGAUCCAGAAGGUAGUGGUAUGACUGUUAAACAAAUUUGUGAUAUUUUAAUUGAACAACAUCCUGAUAUGGCCAAUUUAUCAACCAAGACUUCGAAUUUAGUUAGUGCUAAAUUGAAUGCUUAUGUUAAACGUGUUGAAAAAGGUGAUACAUCAUUAAAAUAUGCUUUAUCAAGAGAUUGGGCUGAUGCUUCACCAAAAAGAAUGGUUUAUGUUUAUCGUGGUAUUUUAACCGAAGAUUUCCAUGUCCAUGUUAAAAAGUUGAUGGAAAUUCAAAAGCAAGAACAACAAGCUGCUUUAAAACUUGAAAAUGAUGAUAAUUCUAAUUUAGAUGGUUCAAAUGUUACUAGUACUAAUGCUUCACCAAAAUCAAGUUCAACUACUAGUUCUACUAAGAAGUCUAAACAAGAAAAAUUGUUAUUACAACAACAAAAUCAACAACAACAACAACAACAAUUGGCUCAACAAUCUCAACAAAAUUUCUCCGAUUCUUCAUCUUUAGAUGAUCCAUUAGAAGCUGGCAAACAAGCUACUUUAUCAAAACCAAGAAGACAAACAAUGUAUGAUUUAGGUAUUUCAAAACAUACAUUUUUAGAUGCUACUUCAAUUGAUAAAUCGAAUUUAUUUGUUCCAUAUAAUUCAGCUCCAGUAACUGCUUCAUUAACUGAAUCUAAUUUAUCUACCAUUUCUGAACAUCAUACUAAGAGAAAUUCAAGUAAUAACUCAAAUGGUACUAUGAUGAUUAAUCAUCAUGAAUCUGAUUUUGAUUUUGAAGAUUUUGAAGUCUUCCAAGAUGAUGAUGAAGAAGAUGACGAUGAUGCUGGACUUUUAUCUAACAAUCCUCACUCUUUUAGUAAUGAUCUUUAUAUUGAAUCAUUUAAAAAGAAUGGUAAACGUUCAAAAUCAUUAUCUUAUCUUUCAUUGAACAAGAAAUCCAAGAUCUUGACUGCUGCUGCUGCUGCUCCAAGAGCUCCAAGAACUCCAAGUUCUCAUAACGCUAAUGCUGCUGCCGCUGCUGCUGAUUUACAUGCUGCUGCAUUAAGAGCCAUUUCAAAUCCUGAACUUGAUGAAGAUUCCAAUACUUCCGAUUCUUCUUCAACUGUCAAGGAUUCAGAAAGUUCCGCUGGUUCAGUUCCUUCGAAUAAGAAAUGGUUGGAAGUCAUUAGAUCUGGUUUCUUGUCAUUAGAUAUUGGUGCUCCAGAAGAUAUUAGUUUAUCAGAUUUAGAUAAAUUCUUUAAUUAA